CCUCAGCCCACACGGCCGGCAAACGAACUAUAGCUAGCACCACACCAACCAACCAGUUAUCAAUUAAGCAGCCACUUGAGUCUUGACCAUGGGGCCCAGGCAGCUCCCCGCCGUCCUCCUCGCCUCCUGCGCCACCCUCCUGGCCCUUGCCACGCCAUUGCUCGCCGGCGACCCCGACAUGCUCCAGGACUUCUGCGUCACCGACUACAAAUCCCUCAACGGCCCAUUGCGGUUGAACGGGUUCCCGUGCAAGAGGCCGGAGAACGUUACGGCGGACGAGUUCUUCUCGGCCGCGCUGGCAUUCCCGGGCAACACCUGCAACUCGGUCGGCUCCGCGGUGACGGCGGCGAACGUGGAGAAGCUCCCGGGGCUCAACACGCUGGGCGUCUCCAUGUCCCGCGUGGACUACGCUCCGUGGGGAGUGAACCCGCCGCACACCCACCCACGUGCCACCGAGAUCAUCUACGUGCUAGAGGGCUCCCUCGACGUCGGCUUCGUCACCACCGCCGGCAAACUCUUCGCCCGCGCCGUCUGCAAGGGUGAGCUUUUCGUCUUCCCCCGCGGCCUCGUCCACUACCAGAAGAACAACGGUGGCGCGCCGGCCGCCGCAAUCUCGGCCUUCAACAGUCAGCUUCCCGGCACGCAGUCCCUUGCCCUAGCGUUGUUCGCAGCCUCACCGCCGGUGCCCACCGACGUGCUGGCCAGGGCGCUCCAGGUCGACGGCGGCGUAGUGGAGGCCAUCAAGUCCAAGUUCCCGCCAAAGUAACCAGCAUGCAUGCAUGCAUGUUGGUUGGGUCAGCUCUACUGCUGCUAAUAAUAACGAGGACCACGUAAAAGUGCAGUUUUAAUCCAUUUGCUUGUCAAUAUGUUUUGUACUAUAUUCUGAUUCUUUUGUGUCAGUUUAGUGAAGGGCCUCGUCGAUUUUACUGUUAUAACUACUGUUUUUUCUUCAUGAACUAAUGGUGAUUGAUUAUGUUUUGUACUA